AUGUCGUCUGAAGAGCUACAAGUGCAAUUAGAUCAAACUAAUGCUCAACUACGUGAUGUCAGGGACGCCCUGGCUAACGUUAUUGCCGGGUUGCGCUCUCAUGUUCGUGCUGACACCGAGGCAUCGCCUGCCGAAUUCUUGUUUGGCACGACACUUCGCAUGCCUGGCGAAUUCUUUCUUGAAGGGGAUUUUACUCCUGAUCCUCGCACAUUCAUUGAGGAGUUUCGUGAGUUUAUGCGACUCGUCAGGCCUGUUCCAGUCACACAUAACCACAAGAGGCGCGCGUUUGUUUUUAAAAAUUUAUACGAAUGCUCCCAUAUUUUCUUACGCAAUGUUGUUGCGAAGGCACUCGAACGAACUUAUUCCGGACCUUACAAGGUUGUUAAAAGACUGUCCGAUAGGGUGUUUGAUAUCGAUAUCAACGGGAAAACGAAAAGCGUCUCGGUUGAGCUACUUAAGCCGGCAUAUCUCAUGUCUAAAGACUUGUUAGCUGAUACACUUGAUAGCGACCCUCCUUUAACCACCCCUUCGAGUCUAGCUGGAACCCAGGACUCGAAUGGUGCUGGCAAUUCGCCAGUCACCUCAUCCAGUUUGGCUGGAACCCACGACUUGGACGGUCCUGGCGAUUUGCCAGUACCAAUGGUUGAAAAGGUUUUAAAAACUUACGCUCGUAAAAAGCAAGAAUUCCUGAAUGAAACCCAAAAUGACACCAACAUCCCAUUGGAAAUUCAGCCUGGACUAAGAAACAAUUUACUCACCAAAAAUCUGCAUUUUAAAAUGUCUGGAAAAGCUUUUGUAGCAAAAUGGUCCCAUAUUGAGCAGCUAUAUUUCUUGGACACUGAAGACCAAGAACUGCGAUUAUGUCCUAAAUUAACUGAAGUACACGUUUUAAAGAACAAAAUUAAAAAAAUGCGAGUAAGCUGCUGUACACAGGUCUUCAGCAAUCAGGUCGGAGUGUAUAUGAAAAAGAUCCUUAGUUGGAAUGCCCCAGUUAAUCUUGAACGAGAAGCGGAAGAAACUGCCAAUUUAAUUUUAUUUUUCGACAAACUCUUCGACAGUCUGAAUUCGAGCAAGAAAUUUGGAAGCCCAGGGAAGCCACUUAAAGCAGGUGUAACUAAGGAAAGUACCCAUAUAUCGUUUUGGUAUGACGCCCUCAAAAUUUUGGAAACUAUGAAAUAUGAGGUACUUGAACCUGAAAAGACUACCACAAAUUCAAGAAAAAAUUUGAAAAAACGGUUUGUUGUAGUGCCAUCAGUAAAAAAUUUAAUAACCACCCUAAAGGGAUUUAUAUAUUUAUGCCGAAAAUUGUUAAAUAUUUAUCCAAAAACCUAUAUUUUAACUAGAGUUAUCCAGCAGGAUACUUUGGAAAACUUUUUUUCAAUGAUAAGAGGAUAUAGUUUUAGGGAAAAUACUCCAAGUGUCUCUCACUUUAUUACCUCAUUUAAGGCACUACUGACAAACAAUUUCAUGUCCAGUCACUCACCAGGAGCUAAUUGUGAGGAGGACGAAAGUGAGGGACCCUUGGAACAUUUAAAGAAUUUUUUAUUAGGAGAUGAUUUAGAUUUCAUAGAAGCUCGUCAAUACAUAAAUUGCCAUUUGACGGUGCCAGGUUCAUAUUUCAGCUUUUUAAUAAGUCAAGCCAUAUCUCGAUUGUUUUAUUUAAUACCAAGACUUUGUCAUACGUCCAAAAUUUCUUGUCUUUUGCAAGAUAUAUUAUUAAAAGAAUUGAACUUUUUUAGUUUAAAUUAUAUUAUUUUAAAGUAUAUGAUUAGAUGUUGUCUCUUUUUUUGGUGCAAGAAAGUUAAUUUAAUAUCGAAGGGAAAGGAUGCAAAAUUUGUUAAGCGAGGAUGGGAUAACAGUGUUAGGACAUAA